AUAAAUGUCUUUAUCUUUUGCACUGGCAAGCUGAAGGGGAGAAGAAUUUGAAUUCUGCAAAGUAGUAUAACUCCGUGUUAAUGUUUACAGUCUGCACAAACCUGAAAAAUAUGUAAAUCAGCCAAGAAAUACAGGGAGGAGUACAAGGGAUCACUCACAAAAACAUCAUUUCUGUACCAGGUUAUUUUACUGAGUACCUUUUUAUUUCUUUUUUGGGGCUCUCUAUUUUUCAAAGGCUAUUUUGAGGCUAUUAGAAACAAAAUUAUUUAAGAGAUUAUUAUUGUUACUGGUAUCAGACAAUAACCUUGGCAUUACUAGGUGUGAGACUAGAAGGUAAACAGUGUUAAAUAUCUGUUAAGACUUCCUCAUCUGAUUAAAUUAUCAACACGGACAUUAUAGACAUGGAUGGAGAAUGGACAAUGGUUGCAUUGGCCCUGCUUUGUGGUAUUGUUUUUUUCCUGCUGAAGUGGAAUGGACAGAAGCAGAAUCUGGAGAGGAAAUUACAGACAGUGAGAAAAAAGAGAGAAGCAGGUCUCAAGCAGGCAGAACAAGCUGUGAGCCACUUUAAGGCAGAGAAUCCUGGCCUUGAUUUGAAUCCCAUCGUGGAACUUCCUUUACUUGAGCUCAGCCAGCAAAUAAGAGACGGCUCUCUGCAGCCAGAUUUUGUGCUCCAUGCUUACAUUGAAAAGGCUCUGGAGAUGAACAGUAAAUUCAACUGUGGCACUGCCUUUCUCAUGGAAAGUCUGAAACAGCUAGAGGACAUUGAAACCCACAAAGAUGGCAUUCUCUGCGGGAUUCCUGUUAGCAUUAAAGAGAAUUUUGAUUAUCAGGGCUAUGACUCUACAUGCGGAGUGUUUGAUAUGGUGAACAGUCCUGCAGCUGUGGAUAGUGUGGUGGUCAGAGUACUGAAGAGGCAAGGCGCAGUUCCCUUCAUCAAAACAAAUGUUCCGCAGGCCCUUAACAAUUAUGAAUGUAGUAACCCAAUCUAUGGGACAACGGUAAACCCCCACAACCUUCAGAAGACAUGUGGUGGCUCUACAGGAGGAGAAGCUGCUCUGAUUGGAGGAGGCGGAUCAAUUCUGGGCUUGGGAAGUGACCUUGGUGGAAGCCUUCGCAUCCCAGCAUCCUUCUGUGGCGUUUGUGCUUUCAAGCCUACAGCCAAUAGGAUAAGCUCGCUCGGAGUGAACAGUUGUGUUAAAGGCAGAAAGUCAGUUCUACCCUCUGUUGGUCCCAUGGCACGUGAUGUGAACAGUCUUGCACUGUGUAUGAGAGCUUUACUCAACAAAGAUAUGUUCACUCUGGACCCUACAAUUCCUCCGUUACCAUUCAAACAGGAGGUAUAUGAGAGCUCUGAGCGUCUGAGGAUUGGUUAUUAUGACAAUGACGGAUACCUGCAGCCAUUUCCAGGCAUGAGCAGAGCUGUACAAGAAGCCAAGGCACUUCUGGAACAAGCAGGCCACAUGCUGGUCCCCUUUAAGCCCCCCUACAUAUACACUGCUAUCCCUGAGUACUUCAUGAAAGUUUUGCUUGCUGAUGGAUGCGCCUCCCUUUAUAGCCACCUGAAGGAGGGCCCAAUUAACCCAUGUAUGCAGCAUGGCAUCUCUUUUGGUCUUCCUCGCUUUGUUAAAAAGAUUAUCUCACUAGUCCUAAACUUCACACACCCACAUAUUGCAUCCCUUGUGGAUUCCACUUGUGGAGUCAGCUCUGUUGCAGACUUAUGGAAACAACAGAGUGCUAUUGAGAAUUAUAUCCACAAAGUCAUAGAAGAAUGGAAUAACUUAGAGUUGGAUGUGUUGAUCUGUCCCAUUUUGGGUCCAGCCAUAAACUACACCUACUCUGGAAGAUUAACAAGUGGUGUGAGUUACACAGCAUUGUACAACCUGCUCAACUUCCCUGUUGGUGUUAUUCCUAUCACUAAAGUCACAGCUGAGGAUGAAGAACAGCUCAGACGCUACAAGGGGACUUUUGGAAGCUACGCAGAUAAGCUCUUUAUCAAGGCGGUGGAAGGUGGUGUGGGUCUGCCGUUAGCAGUGCAGUGUGUGUCUCUGCCAUGGCGGGAAGAGUUGUGCCUGCGUUUGAUGAGAGAAUUGGAGUCUCUCUGUGCCAAGAACAAACAGUCUAACACAGAAUAGUUCUGACUUUGGGACUAUAAAUGCAGUGUCUUUGGUCCAGUUAUCAAAAUUUUAGAUAGAUCUUAAAGAUGUUCUUGCAGGAAUAUCAGCUUGUAAAAGCCCCAUGGUGAUACUACUGUCUACUCCUACUACUGGCAUUGACACUACUGACAUUACUUCAGUCUUCUGUGUCUGACCUGUGCAUGCACUUUAUAUCGCAUCAUUCAUUCAUUCCGUUCAUUCUGUCUGCUGUUUUACUUUUUAAGAAAACACCAAGCAUAUCCUUGUGUGUAAAUACAUUUUAAACUUCAUAUCCCACAGGUUAAUAAUUACAUUUGCUUACAUGCUUAUUGUAUUAAUUUAUGCUAAAUAUUAAUAAAUAAACACAUACCCAGUGUCUAUAUUAUUUAUCACACUUUGCCUAUGCACU